CCUGUGCACGCCGCUCCAGUCAGCGUAGAAGCAGGCGGAUGCACUGAUGGCUCGUAUUUCUCUUGACUUUCACAUUAUGUCGUUGUGUGUCGCGGUUGGUCUCCCUCCACCUGGCCCCUCGCCAUCCCUCCGGACGUCUGUGAGAGCGGACUGACUGAAGGUAAAUGUCCGGAGUGAGAGAGCAGCCCGCCGGAUUGCUGCAGACGAUGAAGGCGCUUUGAAAAACCUCCAUCGCUGCCCGACUGAGAGUCGACUGGAGCUGUCUGGCUGGCUGCACUACUAUGACUCUGAGCUCCUGAAGAUUUGCUUUAAAAAACGAAAUUGCCAUCCUUCCUGAAGCCCACUUAAUUCCUCGAUGGGUUCCCGCAGCCAAGGGUUCUUCCACCAUCACCACAACCAUCAUCGUAGCUCCAUGGUGCCCACUGUUGUGCCCAGGCUGCUGCCUGAGAAUGGCAGCCUGCUGGGGGGCAUCGCGCAAAUUACCCCCAACCUCUUCCUCAGCAGAGGGAAUGUGGCAUCCAACCGCAGCCUGCUGCUGUCCAAAGGCAUCACCUGUGUGGUCAAUGCCACUAUCGAGCUCCCCAACUUCAACUGGCCACACAUGGAGUAUGUAAAAGUCCCUCUGGCCGAUAUGCCCCACUCCCCCAUCUCCUUGUACUUCGACAGUGUGGCUGAUAAGAUCCACAGCGUGGGACGAAAGCGAGGGGCUGUGCUGGUGCACUGUGCAGCAGGCGUGAGCCGCUCAGCUUCUCUCUGCCUGGCGUACCUCAUGAAGUAUCAUCGUGUGUCUCUGGCUGAGGCCCACGCCUGGGUAAAAGCCCGCCGCCCUGUCAUCAGGCCCAACGGUGGUUUCUGGCGCCAACUCAUCGAGUACGAGAGAAAGCUGUUUGGUAGAAACUCUGUUAAGAUGGUUCAGACUCCCUACGGGGUCAUACCUGAUGUUUAUGAGAGGGACCGCAGGAGCCUGGCUCCGUACUGGGGCCUGUAAAAUUCGCAGCGAGGAGAUUGAGGAGGAAGUGAGGAUGAGCCCUUUUGCCCCCCUGGACUGCAGCUUCAUGCGUGUUCAGGACCGGCGAAGUGAGACGCGUGUGAGUGUACAUCUGUGUGAGGCUUAUUUAAUGAAUACUGGUGCGUUUGGACAGAGGGAGCCUUAACCAAACACUGGUUGUUGAUGCUGUUCGUCCAACCAGUUGCCUCCAUUUAGUCUUUGAGCGGGAGCAAGGCGACUUCAAGCCCAGAAUCCUUUUGGACCAAAGGAUCGAUUGGGACCACGAUGAUGUCAGACACCAAAACAAGAUGAAGUGAUCAGAGCGUGGAUGUUGGUGCCAUCUAUCUCCCAGUCUAUCUUUCCAGUUCCAGUGGAAGAUGGUGAAGAUGUUGGCUGUGCUCGAGACUCUGGAGCUCUGACAGCGAUGUGACUGAAGUCCUUUCCUGACGUGAUGAUGUCAUGUGGUGGUAUUGUGCCAGUUUUGCAGUAAUUUUUGGUGUGAAGGGCAGCAGCAUGCUCUCAAUUUAUGGUAGCAUUUAAGAUAAGUGUACAGAAAAAAAAAAUAUAUAUAGGCAAAUUAUUUUAUUGGGAUGUGCUGGUAGUGAGGAGAAAAAAUGGCACACUUUAACUGAACAUUUAAAGAUGUUAUUAUAUCUACCUUUUUUAAGGUGAAAAUCUAGAAGAUGCAAGCUAAAAGUCAAGGUUUAGGGAAAGCUCCUGUGUACCACAGGGUUGUUUGUUCCAUCCUGUGACCACACUAUGUUAUUGUAGUGCUAUUUGAUGCUGUAUUUGAAGAAAAAAAAAAGCUGCAGCUUCAAGGGAACUGGUAGCUCUAUGAUAGAUGCUUGAAAGAGUAUUUUCUAUCCCACUGUUUUGCCUUGUGUCCAUAGGUUGGAGGGAGAUCAGAGCAGUACAAAAAAGACAUUUUAUUUCUUUAUGUAAACCAACUUAAAAGAGCGAUAUCACACUGGCUGAAGAUUCUUCUGAUGUCGUCUGCUGGUUGAAAUUUUACCUUGCUGCACUUGCUGUCCACACUCCACAAGUGAUGUUGAGUAGAGUUGGGUUGAUUUCCGGUUUAUCCAGUCUAGUGUACGAACUUAAACCGGUUUGAUUUUAUGCAAAGUGGCUGAACCGCCAUGUGACAUUAUGACAUACUAUGGCAAAUUAAAAAGUAGCCUACAUCAUCCACCUGUGCUGAUGGCAUCAUGGCACUAAGUCCAACUUGUAUUGCACUGGUAAUAAGCAAUGUGACAACAGGAUCAACAUAAUAUAUUUUUAAAUGGACUAAAGGAGCCACUACAGUAGUGUCUGACAGGCCGUGAACAAUUUACUGCAGAACCUAGCACUGGUAAUGUGGAGAUCAAAUUUCAGCAGAGGUGGGAGAGGGGGGUGCAUGUUGUGUUUGUUUUCUAGAAACGUCAUGUGUUUUUGGGGUGAUACGAUGAGACAUAGCAGAGUCUUUCAAGAAAACUGCAUCAGUAUGGCAACAUUUCGGAUUUGAAGCAAGCAAAAGAGGUGUGUAACUGGCUGUGAGCCAUGUGGUGCGCCUUUUUGAGCAGAACUUGUGUUGUACACCCUGUUUCUAUUUAUUCCUGUAGCACACAUUGAAAACUCAGCGUAGAAGGAGAAUGACUGAUUGAUGAAGUUGAAAUGAGGAAUUAUCUAUAUGAUACCUCCUCAUUUCUCUACAUAAACUAAAAUAAUUUGGCAACUGGUUGGAGUGAGAUCGCCAGGGGGCUGAAAGUUUCUGCUAAGGUAUAUGUUAUAACUAAAGUGCAUAUUUAAUAGAUUUAGUGUGGACAGAGAGCUCCAAUGUUACACAAUACAACAUGAUAGUCAGAAGUAUGUUAGCUGUUAGUGAACGGUGUCAUUAUGUUCCAUUCCAGAGCGGCUUUUGAGUGCAGUGCGACACCUAGUGGUAAAAUUCAGUAUACCAGUCUGGUCCAGUGUUUGGCUUAAUAUCAAACCGGUUUAAAAAACUUUACACCGGCCCAAUGCUGCUGUUCAGCUCUUAAGUCGUAGGGGUGAGAUUAAAAAAAGAUAGCACAGUAAAUACACACAACCAUCAAGUUUGCCACCAAUAUUACCCUAUAAAAACAAACAACAAAACAAACAUUCACUUACAUCUAGAAUAUGAUUUGAAGGCCCAGGAAUCUGCCACCAAUGUGCUUCAUUUACAAUGAUAUAUUAUUACACAUUUAUCUUUAUCAAGUUCCAGCAAUUUGGAUAUUACACUUGGCCCUGUUGCGAUUUAAAUUAUAUUUUAAUUUAUUGUGCAGCCCUACCACUAGAGAUCAAAACCUCCCGGGUUACUUAUAUAUACUUGAUUAUAUACUUGAUUCUUUAAAACAUUAGAAAAUGGUGAAAAAUGGCCAUCAAACAAAAACUGGCAGCAUCUGACAUUCAUCAAAACACCUGCACCCAUUGUUUUCAAUGUAAACCUGUACACCGCAAUGACGUGUUCAAAAGAUAUCAAGAGAAAAUGCAGCAAAUUCUCACAUUUUAGAAGAUUAACCUGAGAUAAAUGAUAAUUAAAACUGUGAACAAUUAUCAUUUCAUUUUCUUUCUAUCAGCUAAUCUGAACUAAUUGUUUCAGCAAUAGAUGUACCAGAUAGCUCAUGUUACAGACUGUGAUACCAUCAUUACCGUGAGCAGUGAAUGUAUCGUGUCAGUUUUGUAUUGUGACUCUCACCCCUACACUAUACUGUGGUAUAACAUCACUGUUGGGUAUGGGUCGUGUAACAGGCUGCACACAGCAGUGAUGUUGGAUGUGGUGUCGAGUGCAACACAGUUGACAUAUUCAACCCACAGAGAUCAGUGCAACAAUGUUUUUUCAACAAUGCCAUAAUAAAUUAAGUGUGAUAUUACAAUAAUAUUAAUAAAAAAGAAUAAAAGUUCAGGGGUUAAUGAUUGUUAGCAGGAAAAGAUGUUCUGUAAUCUGACUUCUAAUUAUUUCAUGCCCCAAGACAGUCAUAUUAAAAUAAUAAGAAAAAGAGCUCAUGUUGGUUUGUGUUUAAAUGUGUUUGAAUUUAAUAGAAGAAAAACAUCUCUUAUACGCACUGG